AUGGAGAUUCUCAGGGGCAAGUUGAUCUCGAACAGCAACGGGAAGCGGAAAGCAGAGCCAAGGUCUGUUCUCUCGAUGAAUGCAUCCUCUGCUCCACUGACCAUCGACCAGCAUCAUGACCACAGGCACCUGGACCACAAAGAAGCUCCCGUCUUUGGUGGGCACGACUUGAACAUGGUCGGCGUGCUUCUUCAUGUGCUCGGGGAUGCUGCCAACAAUUUGGGGGUCAUGGCUGCGGCACUGGUCAUUUGGCUGACUCGAUAUGAGGCGAGGUAUUAUGCUGAUCCCGCUACCAGCUUAGGCAUCGCCGCCAUGAUCUGCCUCUCUGCCCUUCCACUCAUUCGAGAAUCCGGUCUUGUCUUACUCGAAAGUGCACCGAAAGGACUUGACCCUGUUAAUGUGAAGCAUGACCUGGAGAAGAUCCCCGGCGUCCUAGCUAUCCAUGAGCUGCAUAUCUGGCGCCUCAGCCAGCAUAAAGUUCUCGCUUCAGUUCAUGUCGCCAUGUUAGACCAGUCGGUAUCGGAGUUUUCAGAGCUGUCGCGAACAAUCAAGGAGUGCUUCCACGCGUGGGGAGUACAUUCGGUCUCUAUCAUGCCUGAAACGGCCCUGACCCAGAUGUCAGAGAAUUACAUUGAUGAAUGUCAGUCCAAAUGCAGCUCGUUUUGCAAGGAAUUGGCGUGUUGUGGAUAG